CCUGAUUGGCUGAAGGUCAAGGCGCACGCAAAGCGGCACGUCUUUGCCAAACAAUCAGAGGCUGCUGGAUAUCAAAUGCGUCCUCUUCUCCCCAAAUCUUUUUAAAAAUCAAUCCCUUAAAGCCUUUCGUGUUGUAACCGUUUAAAACGAUGGCGGAAAGCGAGGUGGACACGCCGAGCACCCCGAUUGAAUACGAGAGCAAAUAUUUCGAGUAUCAUGGAGUUCGACUCCCUCCUUUCUGCAGGGGCAAGAUGGACGAGAUCGCCAACUUUUCGUUAAGAAGUAGCGACAUAUGGAUCGUUACAUACCCCAAAUCAGGUACGAGUUUGUUACAGGAGGUGGUGUAUCUGGUGAGUCAGGGUGCAGACCCAGAUGAGAUUGGGCUCAUGAAUAUUGAUGAGCAGCUUCCUGUGUUGGAAUAUCCACAGCCGGGUUUGGAGAUCAUCCAGGAACUGACAUCUCCUCGUCUGAUCAAAAGCCACCUGCCGUAUCGUUUCCUGCCCACAGCGAUGCACAAUGGAGAAGGCAAGGUGAUCUAUAUGGCCAGGAACCCUAAAGACCUGGUGGUGUCCUACUACCAGUUUCAUCGCUCUUUACGAACCAUGAGCUACCGGGGAACUUUCCAGGAGUUCUGCAGGCGAUUUAUGAACGAUAAGUUGGGAUACGGCUCCUGGUUUGAGCAUGUUCAGGAGUUCUGGGAGCAUCGCAUGGACUCUAAUGUUCUCUUCUUGAAAUAUGAGGAUAUGUACAAGGAUCUGGGGACCCUGGUGGAGCAGCUGGCUCGCUUUCUGGGCAUCUCGUGUGAUAAAGCCCAGCUGGAGAGCAUGGUGGAGAGCUGUAACCAACUCAUCGAGCAGUGCAGCAACUCUGAGGCCUUGUCCAUCUGCCGGGGUCGUGUUGGGCUUUGGAAGGACAUUUUCACUGUGUCCAUGAAUGAAAAGUUUGAUGCUGUGUACCGACAGAAGAUGGCAAAGUCUGACCUGACCUUUGACUUUACCCUGUGAGGAAGCGACACUGGACUAUCUGUUAACUGCUCAAGAACCAACCAACCAACCAAUCAGUUCAUCUGCUGUGCUUAAUGUCACCUGAUGGACAUUCCCCAUCCAGAUUUUAUCUCUCUAUCCCCACCAUCUCUUGCUCAUCAAUGCUUUCAUUAUUUCCUCAAAAAUUACUUCUUAGUACAGAUACACGGUCAGUACUAAGAGGCCUUUUUUCACGUGUGUAUUUGUAUAAACAGUGCAUCAGCAGUGCUAGUCCAAAGUGUAAGCACAGUGCUUGUUGCGUUUGCACAUUGUACAGAGCUAUACCAUAUCCCAAAGGCGCUUAUGAAAAGUGUAUUUAUUAAAAAUCAGAAAUGAAAAAUUAUUUAGACUAUAUUCUAUAUGCUUAAGCCCUUACGACAAACUCUCAGAAAAAAUCGUUGUCGUUUCUCAGGAGGAUUCUUGAAAUCAUUGGCUAAUACAUGCACCAAAUAUGCAGUCAUCCAAUCACAGUUCAAGUCGCGAAAAGCCUCAUGAUGAAUGCUGAUUGGCUCCUGGCCAAAAGAUCUUAAAGUGUGUGUGGAAUGUCAUUUCGCUUCUUCUAGUGGCUUCUAGAUUCUUUGACAUAUAUUCCAGUAUAGCUAUUUAUUGAUACCAUAGAUAUUUAACUUUUUUCUUUUUACAUUUACUCACAUGUGCAUCUAUAAUUUUUUGAGUGUAUCAUGUCUACAUAUUUGCAUAAGUUAGAAAUAUCAGUCACAUGAACGUAUACAAUCUGUGUGUAAAGGAAUGGGAAAGGAACAUUUUAUAUCAGUAACAUGCACAUCAUAAUAAUAUAAUGCAUCAGAAGUGUUAAGAGUAUAUAGGAGUUUGUAUUUCAUCAUUAUGUCUUGGUAAAAAGCAUAAAAGAUGCAAAGGUGAAGUCAAAUAACAAAGUGACUUAUAACCUCACGUAUCCAACAAUUUCUGUGUUUGGAAUGGAAUACUAGCAUACUACAUAGUGUACUAUUUUAAAAAAUAGAAUGUUGAGCAGUAUGCAUUAUGCCACUAACUAAAUGUGUAAUAUUCUACACUGUCACAUGACUUCAUUAAAUGUGUGGUUAAUUCAGAGAUUGCCAGCUGUGUCAGAAAUUGAAAUGGAUAUUUAGAAUUUUUGAUCCAGUUUUGUGUGACAGUCUGAUCAAAUAAUGAGACAAUAAGAUAUUACAUCUGGUUAAUUUGUGACACUGAGGAUUACUUGAGUGCAUUGCAUUCUGGGACUGAGUUUUCUGUGCAUUCAGUCUUUCUACUCAAAAAGAUCAUUUUUAAUUCAAUGUUAUUUGCCAGUUUUUUGUAAAUAAUUAACAAAUUUAGUAAAAAGUUCUACAUCCAUCUUUUUCAGUGUAAUAUGUAACCUAAUAAUGAAAAUGUGCACACUGUGUGCAGUAUACUGUGUACUGUAAAAAUAGUAAGAGUAGUAUAUUUGUUACUUUUUAAUAAUUUUUCAUUUUUUUAAAUUAUUACAAAAAUAUUAUGCAGACACUGAAAAAAAAAUGAGUGUAGAAAUUGUUUUCACUCAGAAACUGGUAGUAAAUUUCACAAAAUUUCAAAGGAAAGGCAAGUAAAUUUGAAAUUUUUAACUAGUAUUCUCUUGUAAACCAUAAUCCAGUAUAUAGUCUUUGUUUUAUUUGCAACUGUAUUAUGCUAGUAUGCUAUUCCAAAUUCAGGCAAUCACUUGAUUCAGGAAGAGAACUUCUGUUCAGACAGGAGAGAGGCUGUGAUGUCAUAAAGCUCUGAAACCUCACGUCCAAUCAGGAGGCUGCGUCAUCACAGUCACUUAAUUCAUUCCUCUACACCAUUUUCUCUUUCUUCACACUCACUAUCAUGCUUCUUGUCUCUGGACACAUUAGCCUGUUGCUCUGAAUGUCUUUACUGUGUGGGGCUCACAGAAGCUCACAAGCUACCAACAUGUAUUAGUACUGCUCCCGUACAUGGUCAGCCUGCACUGAUUUAGUCCUGCUAUGCUGUUUUAUGUAACUCAACACACUGGUUUCUUUUCAGCCUUGCUUGCUGGUUUAUUAAUAAAGUGACAUCUUUAGGCCUUGACGUUCA